AAAGGUUGCUAAGGAACACCAGAAGCCAUCGGAAAUCUAAACUGGGAUGGUUGGGUUACGAUAUUAUGACAUGCUGGGCAACGAUAUUCUUUCAUAGUUAACCACUUUUAAACAUCCGUGCAGCCUCUUGUCAACCCAAGCCUUGGAAAAGAAAAACAUCUUGGGAAUAAGUUGAUGCUGGAGCAGGUGGCAGGGCUGACAGCUGGACCGGGAGCUCUGGGUCUGAUGUCUGGGACAGUGUUUGCUGCCAGCGAAGAAAAAAAUGACACCACCAUGAAAAUUGAUGAGCUGUCCCUCUACACCACACCACAGCAGAAGUUCAGGUACGUGGAGCCGGAGGCAGGGCAGUUGGAGCAGAGCGUGGCCCUGCUGAGGAAAACUGCUGAGCCGUACACCACCUGGUGCGAGCAAACUGGCCUUGCUGUUGCACAGAAAUAUCAGGGUGUCUACAGAGAUGUAAAGCCCAAAGUUGAGAGCUCCAUCCAGUUUGGUAAAGAUUGCUAUGGCUGUCUGAAAGAUCCUCCUCCUGAAUUCUACCCCCGGGUUGGUGUCAUUGGAUUUGCAGGCAUCCUGGGGCUCUUUCUUGCGAGAGGCUCCAGGAUUAAGAAGCUAAUCUACCCCACUGGCCUGAUGACUCUGGCAACCUCCAUGUACUACCCUCAGCAGGCUGCCUCAGUUGCUAAGGUGACAGGAGACAGAGUGUACGAAUCCGCUCUGCAGGGAUAUGUUGCCAUGGAGGCUCUCUGGAAGGGCAAAGCCACUACUAAGCAGGGGAAGGAAAAGUCUGAGAAGGCAGAACAGAAGACUCAGGACAGCAGCACACCAAGCAGAGACUAAACAUGAGUGUAGCAGGUGCAGUACAUCCAUGGGUCACCAAAAGCUCAUGUGUAUCUUGGUAACACAGGUCCUCCCAGCAAUACAUCAAACAAGUACUUUCUUUCCAUCUCCUGGGACCUGCUCUUGCACUAGCCUCUUCCUCUUUUUCUGUUACUACGACAGAGGACGGGGCCUGUCACAGAUGUUCAAAACUUGAAUUGUACUACUGCUUUUUGGUCCCCCUUGUAAUUGAAUGUAUUUAUGUAAAGAAGUUUUAACAAAC